AUGCCUGUGACCGUGGGCCCGUACGGGCAGUCGCAGCCCAACUGCUUCGACAGGAUAAAGAUGGGCUUCAUGAUGGGCUUCGCGGUGGGCAUGGCGGCCGGGGCGCUCUUCGGCACCUUCUCCUGCCUCAGGAUUGGCAUGAGAGGACGAGAACUGAUGGGUGGAGUUGGCAAAACGAUGAUGCAAAGUGGUGGGACGUUUGGGACGUUCAUGGCUAUUGGGAUGGGAAUCCGCUGCUAACGUGGAGCUUGGGUUUUUUAACCUGAAGAGGCCCUGGUCCAGUUGUUCUUCCCCUGUACUAUAAUAAAAUCUUUAGAUACGUGGAA